AAUGUUACCACAAGAACUCAAAAAGUAUAACCUAUGUGAAUUUUUUAAUCUGUGCCUAAACAAAUUGAAAUAUUUAGAUGGACUUUUUGGCGGGAACGCGAGGAGUGAAGUGCAGGAACACGAUGAGUGAAGUUCUGAUUAAUUUUAUUCUGAUAAUGUAGUGGUUCAAAACAAAAGUUAUGAACUCAAGUCUCUUACCAUGCCUGACGUAUGGGUGCCAGACGUGGAAGUUCUCCUCUAAAGCCACAAAUAAAAUCAGGACCUGUCAAAGGGGGAUGGAGAGGAGUAUGCUCAAAAUAAGGAAGAUGGAUAAGAAAUAUGUCAGGGAAAAAAUGUAAACACUGCGGUUCAUCGGAGAUAGAGGUAGAUCCCGCACGUGGCGAUGCAGUCUGUACAAGUUGUGGUACUGUACUUGAAGAUAACAUUAUCGUUUCUGAGGUAGAGUUUCAAGAAAAUGCUCAUGGGGGAGCCUCUGCAAUUGGACAGUUUGUAUCUGCGGAUACUAAGGGAGGAGCUACUGGUUUUGGUAGAGCCUUCAAUGCUGGUAUUGGUCAAGAGUCAAAAGAGAUCACAUUGAGGAAAGCUAGAAUUGGUAUCACAGCAUUAUGCCAGCAACUUCGUCUAAACCAACAAUGCAUUGACAUUGCCUGUAAUUUUUACAAAAUGGCCUUAUCCAGACAUUUGACUAUAGGCAGGCCGGUAACACAUACCCAAGCUGCAUGUGUUUACAUGACCUGUAGGACAGAGGGGACCCCUCAUCUGCUAAUUGAUGUAAGUGAUGCUGUACCAUUGUGCUGCUAUCAACUUGGUCGAGCAUAUUUCAAACUGUCACGGGCUCUGUGCAUCAACAUACCUCCUACUGAUCCGUGCUUGUACAUACUUCGGUUCGCAUCGCAGUUGAAAUUCGAAGACAAACAACACGAGGUCAGCAUGACUGCACUCAGACUGGUUCAGCGAAUGAAGAAGGACUCCAUCCACUCGGGGAGAAGACCCUCCGGAAUAUGUGGAGCUGCAUUACUCAUAGCAGCUCGACUGCACGAAUUCUCACGCACCCCGUCCGAUAUCGUCCGUAUAGUCAAAGUUCACGAGUCAACACUCCGCAAACGCAUGUUCGAAUUCGGAGACACCCCAUCCAGCGCCCUGACCCUCGAAGAGUUCAUGACCGUCGACCUAGAGGAGGAACAGGACCCACCGGCGUUCAGGGCGGCGCGGAAACGUGAUAAAGAGAGGCUGCAAAAGCUAAUGGAAGAAGAGGACGGAGAGAAGGAACUGACGGAAUUGCAGAAAGAAAUAGAAGCUCAAAUAGAAAAGGAUAUGUCAAGAAGACGAAAAGUCUGUUCCGCUUCGUAUACUAGUUCACCGGGACCCGUCUCCCAGGAAAAUAUAGGUUCGGAAGAUGAAGACGCUACAAGGUUCGCUGCUGAAGAAACAUUGGAGAUAAUUGACGAGAUCACAAAGGAUAUAAGACCUAAAAACGAGGGACCGAAGGAAGAAAAUAAACAUGAGAAGAUGAAACUCGAAAAGGGUCUAGGACCGGACUUAGCGGUCAUAGGCCUCGGUCCGUCCGACGAUAAGAACGCAGACAAGUUCGUCAAGCCUGAACCGAAGCAAACGUUUUGCAAGGACCUGCAGAACGCCGACGAACUGGUCAUGAGUCAGAGAGACGAAGAGUACAUCGAUUCGUUGAUCAUGAGCGCCGAUGAGGCUAAGCACAAAACUAAACUGUGGAACAAAGUCAACGCCGGCUAUUUGAAAGAACAGAAAAUCAAGCAAGAGAUUAAGGCAAAAGAAUUAGAAGAGAACAAAGACAAAAAGAAGAAAGUGAGAGGCUCAUACAGAAAGAAGGUCGCCAUUAACGCCGCGACCGCCGGUGAGGCUAUAGAGAAGAUGUUGGCCGAGAAGAAGAUGAGCUCCAAGAUCAAUUACGACAUCCUGAAGAGCCUCGACCAGUCGGGCGCUCCGAUAGCACCGCCCUCUUCGAAACCUGACACGGAAGCUGCCGCCAGCCCCAGAGGUCCACCGACGCCGGCUGCUCCUGGGACGACGGUGGUUCCAGAAUCUCCGAUACCCCGGAAACGGAAGAAGAAGGCGCGACCCGCCCCCCUCACGCCCGCGACCCCCUCCAAGCCGCCCACGCCCGCCACUCCCGCCCCGCCGACACCACAAACUCCUGUACACGAUAUCAUAGACGACGACGAAGACGAUCAAGAUCCAGAACCGGAACCGGAAGCCGAAGAGCUAUCGCUAGCCGCCAUUUUACAGAAUGGACAAGAAGAAGAUUAUUAUGAUUAUGAAGAAUAUUAACAUAGGUAUAUUUAUAUAUCUGUGUGUAGCAUUAGUUAAAUUCGAUCUGUUAAUAUUAGCAAAUUUAGCUGUUGCAUCUCUUGAUACUGCCAAGCUAUUAACAGCAACUCAACAGAUAGAUUGUUUACUUUAGCUGGUAGGACGGAGACGGUGAGAUGUGAAACAGACUCAUAUACCUACCAACUAGACAGGUAGGUAGGACAGGACUAUGUAAGGGAAAUAUUAACUGUUAGGGUCCUUGAUACGAUACCUUUUUUUUACGACCUAUGUAAUUAAAUUUCCUAACGUAUGGGUCAACGGACUCGUAUAACGCGACGAACUACCUUUGGCUUACAUUGCGUGCUCACGAUUCACAAUGUUCUAUUUAUUUAUUUACUCAAUAGAUGUACAUAAAAUAAUAAUGAUCAUGAAAAAAGACUGAGGUAAAAUAAAAUUUGUUUGCGCAUUGAAGCCUGUAAUGCGAUGCGAAAUAAAAUGUACGCCACACCAAAAUAGAAGUAUGGGAACAAUUAACAACAAUUAAAAAUAAAGUACUAAAUUGAAUCUUGUUAAAAAUAAAAUAUAUAGAACAAUAACACAGCUACACUUGAACCCUAUUUAGAAUUUAUUAAAAAAAACAGAUUGCUUUAAGUUUACGGAAUGAAGAAAACAAAGUAAAUACACAAAAACCUAUUUCACUUAACCGAAAUUCUGAUAUUACCCAACAGAGAGCUAAGCAAUGCACCAUGAAAGUUACAUCUAAUUUUAAUAUCAUUAUCACUGUAUCUUUGAGAACGUUUUUAUAACAUCCCUCCUAGAUACAUACGUACGUGUAAAGAUAUCAUGUAUUAUUUAUGAUUAGUUUUAGUUUAACUUGUGUAAUUAACAUUGUUUUAUAGCUUACUUAUUAAUUUUAAAUAUUUAUUUUGCAAUCUAAUAUGUAGCUAUCGUAGUAUAAGUGGGCAGUUUAAAAAAUUUAAAAUCAUAUUGAAGAGAUUUUAAGAUGAUCAUAUUUUAUGACAAACAAUAGAAAAGGAUGGACGUAUCGUUUUAUGACGUUGCCGCUAUGUGAAGCGGGCGUGUGAGAGAGAUGGCAAAUUGAUUCCUCUAAUCACCUACUAAUACGUCUUAAUACUGGUGGUAGGACCUCUUGUGAGUCCGCACGGGUAGGCAUCACCACCCCGCCUAUCUCUACCGUGAAGCAGUAACGCGUUUCGGUUUGAAGGGCGGGGCAACCGUUGUAACUAUACUAAGACCUUAGGCCUUAUAUCUCAAGGUGGGUGGCGCAUUUCGCAGAUGUCUAUGGGCUCUAGUAACCACUUAACACCAGGUGGGCUGUGAGCUCGUCCACCCAUCUAAGCAAUAAAAAAAAAUGUGUGCGUGUACUAGUGUACACACGUAAGAAGUGAAACUUCUUUAUGGCCUUAUUUUUCGAAAAAUGAUCUACAUGCAACUUUCUAGAAAUUGGUUAAAUAAAGUUAAAUUAGAUAAAGUUUAAACAAAAGGAUUUUAUUAUCAUAGACAUGAAUACAAAAAAGUUAAAUUAGAUAAAGUUUAAACAAAAGGAUUUUAUUAUCAUAGACAUGAAUACAAAAAAGAUGGCGCGUAACGGAAAAAUGUGACGCGUAACCGAAAAAUGUGACGGUAAAUUUUUUUCCAACGCCGAUAAGGAAGUUUCACUUCAAUAAAUUAAGAAAAAUAAUCAAAGAUGAUAUUUUAAUGGUUUUUUUUUUAAUUUUUUUUUGUAUAUCUUCUAUAAUCUUUGAUUAUUUUUCUUUAUACGAUUGCAACGCCUUAUUCAAGUUAUUUGUGAUUCUGACUACUUUACACGGAAUUUCAAGUUUAAUUCUCCGUCGGAAUCAGAAACUUAUCAAGAACUCUUGUUUCAAGUUGGGUGGUGGCAGUUACGUUGUUAAUGUCUGUGGUGAAUCCUAUGACCACCUAACGUCAGGCUUAGCUCGUCCAUCUAUUUAUUUAAUUAAAAAAAAAACUGUACAGUAAUUACUUGUUCUUGAUUCACAAUUUUUUUCUCCUUUAGGAUAUCCAUAGGAUAAUAGUUUAGGGAUGUACAAUUAAGGUUUUUUUAAAGCAAUUACUUGUAUGUUUUAUUCCUAAUUAGAUAAUUAAAAAGGACUAAGAUGAUUUGAGAUAAUUAGAAAAAAUCCUUAAAUGGCAUGUGCUGUUGUAUAUGAGAAAAUGUAUAUAAGUAAUUCAACAUAAAAACGUAGACUGUCUCUAUUAGGUAAGUCAGUGUGGUGAUUAGCGUGUGUCAACGUACAGAAAAAUAGACGACACUCGACUUAUGAUAAUCAAGGUGCAAAGAAAUCCAAGCCGCAAUGGCAUUGAAACAAUAUUCUGAAUAAAACAAUAAAAUAUAGUAUUUUAAUUUACUUUUAAAAAAAGUUCUGGUUAUACGAAUCAGAUAUAUAACGCGAGAACAUUUGUCAGAUACCCUGCGUUGUGUCGGAACCAUAGAUUCCGCGCAUUGGUUCAUUUUUAUUUGUAUUACAUUGCGUGUAAAAAUAUUCGUUGUAAAAUUUUCGUAUAUAUAUUUUUAAAGGGCUGUAUCAGGACUGACAAACAUCUUUUGUCUUUGUUUCCGAGAACGGCUUCAAUGAAAACUGUAUAUUAAUAUAAUAUAUUUAAAUUAAAAUUAGAUUACAUUUUUCCAGGUAAGUUGACGCGAUUUUAAAUGUAAAUAAUAUUCAAGUUCAUAUUCGUACUUAAGGCAAUAAUUUUGCCUUCAACGACGAAACUUCGUUAGGUAUUAAUUUUAUCAUGUAUUAUGUUGCAGGCAACUAUUAAGUGAAAUAAUCUAGCGUUCUAAAAAUAUUUAUUGUACUUACGUACGUAUUUUACACGUUGUGAAAUAAAUAAGUUGUUUAUAUUUAAUCGUAGAACUGUUGUCGAUAAAAUGUAUUUUAUAGAAAAAUAAACUAUCUCUGUCAAUGUGUAAUUGAAUUAGUGGCAAUAUAUCAAAUCAUUAAUAUAAUGUGAAAA